AUGCCUCGGUUCUGGCACCAGCUCUACCGGUUCUGCGCGAGCUUCCAAGUCGAACUACGAGGCCACUACUCCGCUGAGCGUAUCGGAAACCUGGGCAAGUACCUGCAAACCGCGUCGACACUGCGGUCGCUUUUCCUCUGUGUGCUGUCCCCUCUUCCAUGUCUGGUGCUUGUUACACUGGUGGAUUGUGUGCCGCUGGCUUCCCCCCAAGCUGGUUCAAGCGCCAACGUCGUCUUCUGGGGACGAACCUACUUGUCCGCUGUGAUGAUGGCGCGCGCCGUUCUCGAGCAGAUUAGCGUCGUGGUUCCAGGUCUGGGCUUGACGCCAACUCAGGCGGCCGUGAUCACUGUGGUCGCAAGUGCAGCCGCAGUCUCGAUGAUGAUCGGACUGUCAAGUGUCGUUGGGUUUCCACUGCCAUUCAUGCUUGACUUGGGGACGCCAGCGUGGAUUUUCACGCUUGUGUUGAGUUUUGGCUUUUUGUUCGGCAGAAAGUUGCAGCAAAAUGACGCACUUCGCAACGAGCUGCAGAACUUUAUCAACGCUGUAAAUGUCCCCGUGAUCCUCAUGUUCGUGUAUCCGGUGUAUGUCUACGGGUUCGGACGCGUGGGAGAUCUAGCUCAGAAUUUCUAUCUCAUCAUCCUUGCGGUUAUCCGAAUCGUGGCCAAGAACUGGACGAGUUACUUCCUCGAUACCAAUUACGACCUCAUGCCACAAAUGAUGACCUUCAACGUGGACGUGUUCAACUCAAUCCAUGACUGA